GGCGGAGCCUACAGGAAAUUUAAACCAGAGCCGCGGCAGAGGGACUCUAGAGAAUGAUUUUACAGUUUCAGGGCAACAGCCGGUGCUGGGGAGUUUGAAAGAGCUCAUGGAGUCCGCGAAUGUAAUACUGCGGCCUUGAAGGAGUACGGAGGCCGAGAAAGGGCCGAGAAUUUGGGAGAGCCGGGAAAGGGCGACGAUUGCUUUGAGCUGGAGAGUUCAAUGGCUGAGAGUAGGCUCCGUGCCUCGGACCUAGGGGCUCAGCUCAGAGUUUCCAGUUGUCUGGGAAAAUGCCAGAAGAGUUCACCAGAUGCUGGGAGGCGGCAGCCCUUUUCUGGAAAGUCCUUUUACCUGGAUCUGCCUGCUGGCAAGACUCUCCAGUUUUUGAUGGAGGCCAUCCAGCAGCUGGGUGGGGUAAUUGAGGGUUUUCUGAGCAAAGAAGUUAAUUACAUCGUGUCCAGCCGCAGGGAGGCGAAGGCAGAGAGCAGUGGGACAAGCUACAGAGGCCGCUCCAGCCCCAGCGAGAUCAGAGUGGAAAUCCCUUCCACAGCCAAUCCAAAAGGCAGCCACACCGGGCCUUCACAGAAACCCGUGGACUCGGUGAGCUACCCAGCUUCAUUGCUCUCCUCUUCCUGUCAGCUGCCCAUGAGCAGGGGAAAGGAGCUCCUGCGGAAGGCCAUCAGAAACCAGGGGAGCAGCAGUGGAGGAGGCAGCGGGAGCAGCAGCAGCCUCCUGACCAGUGCCCGCUCCUGGGGAGUGAGGAUUCUGCAUGUGGAUGCAGGUGCAGAAGUGACACGUAGCCAGAAGGUGGCAGGCAAGGCUGGUGUGAUCCAAUGUGCCAGGCCGGAAAUGAUGAUGCACGUGCAGCAACUCUCUCUAGAUGCUUUAUGUGCGAAGAAACAAGGGCCAAAGAAGCCAGAGGGAACAUGUCCAGCAGAGUCAAGAACGCGGAAAGUGGCCAGAUUGAAAGCACCAUUCCUCAAGAUAGAAGAUGAGAGCCGGAAGUUUCGUCCCUUCCACCAUCAGUUUAAAUCCUUUCCUGAAAUUUCUUUUCUGGGACCCAAAGAUGGAAGUCCCUUUGAGGCCCCGACGACCCUGGACCGCUCGCACUGUACCAGAGAACCCAAGGACAGAGAGCCAAGCCCACAAUCAGCCGCUCGCACUGUGCCCAGGAGGAAGAAAGGGUACUGUGAGUGCUGCCAGGAGGCCUACGAGGAGCUCCAUGGGCAUCUCCAGAGUGCCCAGCAUCAGGCCUUUGCCCUAGAAGCCCACCCAUACGCAGCAGUUGAUCGGAUCAUUGCCCAGCUCAGCCACAGCUUUGCAGACAUCCCUUCCCAGGCCAGCCUGCCCAGGCAGCCAGGCUCCCCGGCUUUGGACUGUGACCCUUUGUGUCCCAAGACUCUGCCUCCCGGCCAACCAUCUCAUGCCAAGGCAGCAUCUCCCAAGAUGAGGGAGGAAGACAACCGCCAGGCCCCAGACAUCCCAGAACAGGAUGAGAUGGCGGGCAGCAUGAAGGCACCAGCUGAACAUGUGGGAGCUGACAAGAUACCCGGACCAGCAGCAAGCUGCCAAGAGCUGGGAGGGUCAGUUGGUGUCAUUGUGGACCCCCCAGGGACACCGAUGUCCAGGAACCCAGAUUUCCAGUGCCUCCUGACCAGCUCUGGUUUUACAGACUUCUCCUCUGGCCCAGACCUGGCACUUGUUGGCCACAAGAGGAAGGUUCAGUCCCCCUGUGGCAAUGCCGAGAAGCGGCCAGGAGUCUCUGGGCCACAGGCCUCAUUCUUUGUCUCAAGUUUCCCCAACCCCUGUGGCACCAGGACAACCAAUGGCAGACAUCUCUCCCUUCCCCUUCCAGGCCCUGAGCCCAGCCCUCUGGCCUCCCUCCUGCCCUCGUGCCACCCACAGACCACCCUCGCCCUUCCAGACCCCUCCCCUUGGCAGCCCACAGACAGGCCAGCAGAGCUCUGGGCCACACAGCCUCCCUGGCCUGGGGGAAGAUAUUCCCCAGGAUCUGAGGAUUCUGAGUGUGCAGCCCCUGGCCCUGUCUCCCAGCAGGUUGACCAGCUUCCCAGCUGUCCCAAAGCUCCAGGCCAGCUGUCAGCCCACCUGCACUCAGCUGUGAGCACACAACCCCCAGGAGGACCUGCAGGGAGCCACACUACCUCUCUCCCCCACCCUCUGCCAGCCAGCGGGGGAGCCAGCUGCUCCCGUUGGUUGUGGGGCCCCCAGCCUCUCCCAGUCCCCUGCCUCCCUGUCUCCCAGCCCCAGCCCAGUGCCAGCAGAGAACUACUCCUGUGAGUCCCCCAGAGCAUACAGCUCUUCAUGGGGCCAGAGAGCUCCUGACUCCAGGGCUAGGUACGCAGAUAGAAGUUACACCUCUGCUGAGUGCUGCACACCAGCCAGGGCAGAGCAGGUACACAGAGGAGCAGUGCCUCCCCAACGGAGCCAGAAGCAGCCCGGGGCUUGGCCUUCAAAGUCCAAAUAAGCAGCUGUUGUCAUGGCCAAGCUCUGUGGGCCAACAGAGCCAUUCCUUCCCACCACCCAGUCUUCAGGUAGGACUAAGAGAGUCUGGGCUUGGGGGCUUCCCUCUCCUAAGCCUACCUCCAGCCAUGUUCCUGACCAGGCAGUGAUCUGCGAUGGGCUUGUCCAGCCAUGGCCAGCUGCCCACUUGCCAGGAGGCAGAGGCAAGGUUGGCAUAGGGAGGGAUCACAAAGAAGCUGGAGCAGCAGGAGCCCUGGCCUGGCUUCCUGUCCCUCUGCAGGCACUUGCCUCUUUGCAGAGCCCACGGUUAGUUGUCAGUGUUCCCCACCCCCACCCCCAGCCUCCUUUCCCACAAGCAUGUGGCUCGCUCCUGCUUUCCGAAAUGCCUGUUUGUCCCCUCCCCCAGCCCCCCACGCUGUGCACACAUAUCCUCAGGAACAUAUGAAGCAGAGGAGGGGCUUGGCUGCAGCAUCGAUAGAGCUACCUCUCCCUGCAUUUAGUGGGGGCCCAGCACUGACCUUCCCCUGAGCUCAGGAUGUGGCCAGGGCCCCCUCUGAGGACAGACCCCUCUGCUCUUCCCUGCCUCAGUCCUGGCUGCCCACCUGGGGUUCUGUCCCAGGGUCAGUAGCUCACCUGCCAACUUCUCCAUCACCGGCUUCUGUUCCUCCCCAAGGACCUCCCCCCAUUUCUUUCAGCUAAGCCAUUAAUCUGGAGACAGAGAUGGAUUUGCUAUUGAUUCUUUAGCCACUUUUUUUUUUUUUAUUAUUACAUUUCAUACUGUGGUUCUUCUCACCCUUCUCUGCCUCUGUGUUUAUCUCUUUAAAUGUUGGAGCUACCAGAAGCCUGGUGCUAUUCUGUGUCUCAUUUCAGAGGAAGAAAGGGGGAGGCCUAGCUGCGGGUGAGGACCUGAGUUGUUAGUUUGGAAAUAGAGCAACUGUGUGUACAACCCUCACAGAGGUCACGUUUGGCCUUUUUAUGCCAUUCCUGUUAAAUUUCACAGUCUUGGUUCAGGAACUGUAAAUAAAUUUGUUAAUAGCAAAGA